AUGGUGCUGGUACCAGUACAUACAUACACUGUGGACCUGCUCCUUGGAGGUCAGGCAGGUCAGGCAUGGCAUGGUAUAAUUUCUGGGCAGACCUCCAUGGCAUUGGCACUGGGAUGGCAUUCAUGGCAUUGGUGCUGGGACAGCUUGACUGAUGGCCUCAUGGCAUUGGGGAUGUGCCAGAACUCAUUACAAUGGUGCUGUGACAGCCUGCAUGAUGGCCUCAUGGCAUUGGCGAUGUGCCAGAACAUAUGGCACAGGUGCUGGGUCUGCUUCCAUGGCAUUGGUGUUGUGCUGGAACACAUUACAAUGGUGCUGGGACAGCUUCCACAGCAUUGGUGUUGUGCUGGAACACAUUACAAUGGUGCUGGAAUGGCUUUCAUGAUGGCCCCAUGGCAUUGGGGAUGUGCUAGGAUGGCCUGCAUGAUGGACCUGUGGCAUUGGGGAUAUGCCAGAAUACAUGGAACUGGUGCUGGGCUGGCCUCCAUGGCAUUGGUCUGGUGCUGGUACACAUUACAAUGGUGCCAGAAUGGCCUUCACAAUAGGCCUCAUGGUAUUGGGGAUGUGCCAGAAUACAUGGCAUAG